CCUGGUAUCGAGCGAUAUUGAUUACUCAGUAAUCUGUAGUCGCCCAUCCCUUAUAUUGAAUUUGAAUUAGGAAGUGUUCGUGCAAUUCCUUCGUACAAAUAUUUUUCUGGCGAUAUAUGAUCAUGAUAUAAGGAAUAUUCCUUUCAUCUAAUAUAACGGUAGCAACAUGGCGUCUGUCUGGAGCUCAGACAAAAAAACUAAUGGUUUUAAGUUGAUGAGAUUAAUUGUUGAUGUUGGUGGAGAAGCUUUAAGAAUAACAUUGAGGAAACACAUGUCAGGUACUGAUUUAUUUAUUUUUUUAAAUGACAGAAAAAAUUAUCGUAAGCUUUUGUCGCUAAAAGAUAAGCAAAUAAAGCAACAUCAAUGGGAUCUACUGUAUCCUCCUCCUCCAAUAUUACCAAAUGAAAAUAAGUUUGACAUUACUUUACUUUGUAUACUCCUACGUAAUAUUUGUGGUUUAAAAGCACCUCGUGAUCCAAUAUGGACGUCAGUAAAUGACUCCACUGAUUAUUCAACUGAAGCAGAUAUUACCCGUAUCAGGUUAUUUCGUAAUGAUCGUUUUGCUCACUUACCUAACACUUCAGUAAGCUCUGAUGACUUUCAAAUUUUUUGGGUAGAAAUAAGCGAACCAUUAGUUCGUUUAGGAAUAAGUCAGGAAGAAAUAGAUAGAUUGAAAAAUGAGUUGUUUGGUAAUGAAGAAUAUAAAAGAAUUUUGAGAGAAUGGGAUGGAUUAAAGAGCGAUUUAAAUGAUAUUAAAACUGAUCAGAGAGGUAUUAAGAGAACAGUGGAGGGUGUAGAGAAAGAUUUACAACUGGUAAAAGAUAGUGUUACAGUAAUUAAAGACGAAGUACAUGAAAUACGACAUCACACUCACUUAGGUCCAGAAGAAGAUAUUUUGACAAAAAGCCUUGUUUGCUGUAACUUUGAAAGUGAAAUUAGGCGUCAUUAUGAAAAAUAUUUGCAUGGAACACGGAAGGUUUUUAAAGAGUUUUUAGAUUGGUUUGAAGACGACACUUCUAAAAAUCGUGCAUUUAUUAUUUCUGCUGUUGCUGGCAUGGGUAAGUCUGUAAUUGCAGCUACUUUAUGUAAGCGUUACCCACAAUAUUUGACUGCAAUUCAUUUCUUUCAACACAAAAACAGUCGUUACAAUAAAGCCAAUGUACUUUUUCAAUCUUUAGCGAUGCAAGUUAGUCGUAAGUUUCCUGCUUACAAACAACUUCUUGUAAAAAAACUUUCUGGUAAACUCUCUGAGUCUUUGAAUAACAUGAAUGUUGAAGGACUAUUUUCCCUUCUUUUUACUGAGUUGUUUUGUAAUAUCUCAGAACUUCCCAAGCGAAUGUUAGUUGUGCUUGAUGCUCUUGAUGAAUGUGGUUAUCCAGAAAGAGAUGACCUUACUUAUUUGAUUGCUAAUCACUUACACAAACUUCCGCCUUGUUUUCGCUUUGUAAUUACAACAAGACCUAACGAAGUUGCUUUAAAUAAGUUCGAAAAAUUAAAUCCACUGUUCAUUAAUUGCAGUGAUGAUCGCAAUUUAGACGAUAUUAAAUUUUUGAUUGAGGAAAGAAUUGGCUCUACUGACAGCUUUUCUGAUUUUAAAAAUAUUUUGGCAAAAAGAGCUGACGGACUUAUGUUGCUUGCAUCGCUUCUUACCAGUGAAGUCGAAAAUCAGGAUUUGUUGAAAGGUUCCAUACCAAAAGAUCUCAAUGAUUAUUACGAAAUUUGCUUAACAAGAUUAAGUAAGGAAUUAGAUUCGUUUCAUAUCAGUAACGAAAAGUUUCAGUCAAUUUUAAAUGCUCUGGCUGUUGCUGAAGAACCUCUUCCUUGGGAAAUGAUCAAUGACGUUCUUUGUUUGAAUUCGAAUCGCAUAUCACGUGGGGUUAAAAAAAUUAUCUCUUGUCUGUUUGUUAGCAAUGAAGAAGGAUGUGUUUCGUUUUUUCACAAAUCCUUAAAUGAUUGGUUGUUGGAUGAUCGAAAACAUGAUUACUCAGUAAAAACUUCUUGUGGUAAUCGACUUGUUUUGGAAUUUUGUUUAAAAUCUUUGGAUAACCUCAAAGCUGAAGGCGUAAACUAUGACGUCAUUAAACAUGUGACAGUGAGGUAUUCAGUCAAGUAUUGGUUGCUUCAUUUACUUGAUAUUUCCGAUAAUGAUUAUAUCGUUGAAAAUGUUGGUAAAUAUCUUGUUGACUUGGAAGUUAUAGUUGCUUCUAUGUUGGUUGACUCUAGUCGUACUUUUGAAAAUUUUCAAUUAGUCAACGCACAUGAUGUGUACUUUCUUAUUUCUGAGGACAUUCGAUUGUUAUUUAAUGAAGUUUAUUCUGUAAUGACGCGCUUUACGUGGUUUGACGAUGAAGUAAAUUUUUUGCUACUCGUUUCUAACGAAAUUAAACAUCUGUCGUCUCAAGCUACCACAAUGCUUGAAACACUUUUCAAAGAUUCACCAUAUCUAGAGUGGAGAGACUCGGGUUUUGUAAAGGCUCGAUUAUUAUAUUUUAGUGGAUUUGUAAAGUCUGUUGAUGUUUCACGAAAUCAUGAUUACGUCGUGUGUGGUUAUCUUGGGCUCGUCGUGCAACUUUUUUCAUUGAGAACAAACAGAUGUUUAUGGAUUAAAAAUAUUGCUGGUCAGUUUAAGCAAUAUAAAGAGGAAGAGUUUUGCGUUAUCUUUCAUCCAUUCGAAGAAUUGAUUUUUGCUUCCAAGCUUGAUAAGAUACUAGAUAUUAAUGGUAAAAUUUUCUCCAGUCCUUUCCAUUUUGAUGAUUCUACUUCUAAGUUCUUUACCAACAAAUGUUUUUCUCAGAAUAAAUGCACAAUGGUCACUAGUUACCAAGAUACUUUAACAGUAUGGGACGUUGAGAAAGGUGAGAAGAAACGCAGUAUUAGAUGUAAUGAUGUGGUGACCUCACUGUGUUUUUCUAAUUGUGGAAGAUAUUUGUGUGUUAUUGAGAAAGGAAAAGUGGUUCAAAUAUUUGAUGUAGCAAAUAAUUAUGAAACAUUCGUUUACGACGAUUAUUUACCGUCUGAUUCUUUAAGUGAGUUUGGUGUUUUGUUCACUGUUGGUCGUCAUUCUUGGCGUUGUUGCCAUCGUUUAUAUAGGAGUAGUAAGCAUUUCAUUGUAAAUCCCACUGGUGAGAAACUUCCUGACUUAGAUCUUGUUUCCCAAAAUUCGUUUUUACCUCUUGAUCCUUUCGAUCGCAACAGAUCUAUCUUUUCCUUGGAUAGAGUACCAAAGUUCUAUUUUAUUUUGAAUAACGACAAUGUUAUUUUGUUUAAUUACGGAGAUGACUUUUAUCUUUAUUCAAUACCGCGUGCAUGUUUAACUAACAGUUACAGUAUUCGUGACGAUAAAUUUUGCUCAAAUGGAGAAUUUCUGUAUCGGAGCAAUAAAGAAAAUUUAAGGGUAAUUAUAUACAAUCUCGACACAUUUCACUUUGUUGUCAAGGAAUGUUUUUUUAGUGACAUGGUUGCUGUACGAAAUGGAGUUAUUUUGCUUACGGAAAAAAAUACUCCUGAGCUUUGGAAUGAUGAUUUGACAAAACUUUUUUAUAGUUUCGAUGAACUAAAAGGUACAAACAAAAUUUUUGAGGUGAGUGAUGUAUCAUUUGCUUGUCAAAAAACUGAUUCUUUUUUAUUUUUUAAUGUUGAAAACAAGCGAAAUGAAAUAUCAGUGAAUUUUGAAAAUUAUCGAAAUGUGGACGUAUUUGCAUGUAGCUCUAAGUAUCACAUGUUUGCUAAAGUUGAAUUUAAGGGUCAGAUAAUUUACUGUAUGUGGCAUGAAGACAAACAAGUUGAUGAUUGGGGUGACGUAAUUAAGGAGGAAAUCACCAAUUUCAUCGUGAACAAACACGUUGGAAAGUACACGCGUGAUACUACUCACUGUAUAACUGACGCUGCUUUUUCGCCUUCAGCAGAUAAAUUAUUAAUAAGAUACGUGGGUAAGUUUAUGACAGUAUUUGACGUUAAAACCAAACAAAUUAUUCAUAGAUUUUUGGAGGAUUCUUGGGGUUUAAAGUUUUUCUUUGUUGAUGAUAGGUAUAUAAUUAUUAAGGACUUAGAUUUGAUUGAUUUGAAAGAUUUUAAGACUGUAGAAUUACUUUUUCCUCUUGUGAGGAUGUUUCCAAGCAAUUUUUAUUACUGUCGUAAACGCAAACUUGCUUUAAAUUUUUCUUUCUUCGAGGUACCGGUACAAUGCGUAAAAAUCAUCUUGCCACGAGCAUAAAUUUGAUCUUUAAUGAUAAAAUUUCUCACCAUUUUGGAUAAUGAUUAUAUUACUUUUAAGAAAAUCUUGUUCAGUUUUUAUGCAUGAACCCUAUCAUUGUUGACAUUUCAAUUAAUGUCUGUUUGCGUAUAAUUUCAUAAAACGCCCUUUGUCUAAUUUUGAUUGUUCUGUACAGAGACCGCAGUGUACGAUAAUGUCAACAUUGAGAGAGAUCAUGUUUAAAAUCUGAAGUUAAUCAAAGAUUAAAAUUCAAUGACAAUAAAGACAAACCAUAAACACAAAUUAUUUCGUGUCUAAGAUAAUAAUUUUCCUUGCGCAAGAAAAUAAUUUUAUUGACCUAUCUUAUCACACAAACAUGUAAAAUGCAAACUUUUGUUAGUUAUUGUACCAUAGGUCAUAUUUUGUUUAUAUCUACACCAUGUAAACAUAUAAUUUUCAUGCAAAUGUAUUCAGUGUAGGAUGGCUUUAAAAUUGCACGUUUUUCGAUGCUCUUUUACACCAAAAACAAGUUUUUACUAAUAAAAUCAAUACUAUCUUGCACUGAAAUAAUUUCUUAAUACUUUUUAAUCAUUGCAUUUUUAUAUACAAAAUAUCUAUGUGUUAAGUUGUUAAGAGAGACAAAGACAGCCCAAUUGUUACUUCGGUUAUAUGAAUAUUUUCAUCUUUAUCAAUUUGAAAAACGUAAAUUUACAAUAAAACAGUGGUACCUUUGCUAAUUUUUUCAAGAAAAACUAAAAAUUUGGCUGUCUUUCUCACUGACUGUUAAAAAGUAAAUCGUAAACUCGACAAGAAAAUGACUUAUGAUUGACGUUCAUCAUCGUGAUAAACAAUUUAACCAUUGAGAUGGAACACUCCAAACCAUGUAUUACUGUAUGAACAUGAAAAGUUAACUAAAGUCAAAGAAAGUUUUGCUAUAUACAGAGACAGAAACAAACGACAAUGUCGCAAAUGGAAAGAUGUUUAAUGACAAGUUUUUAACUUUGAAACUUAUGAAAAAUCGAUAUCAAGCAUUGUUAAAGUUUGAACACUUUUACUUUGUGAAUCGAUACUUUAUGGAAGUUACUUUGCCAAAGUUUGAUAUGUUUAUGGCUUGGCUAUAAAAUUCCAUCGUCUACUCUUAAUUCAAACGAUUAUACAAGAAGGAGAAGAUUUAUUUCAGGAAGUGACGUAAUGAAAGAAAGGACAAAUUUAUGUACCAUGAUUCUCUGUGGAUUUAUUGUUGUACUUGUAACGUCACCCAGGUCACGUGUUCUUUGAAAUAUCAUUUGUCAAAAUUGGAAGAUAUGAACUUUUACAUUUAUAGAAUAGUGAAGCUGGCUGUUCACUUUGUUCAGUUUUUAUAAAGCUGAAGCGUGAAAAUUAUCAUCUCAUGUGGACGUUUUGAUAUGAACAUAACGCAUAAGUAAUCAUGAGAGUUAAUGAAAAGAAUUGGAUUUUACUACAUUGUGGCUAUUGGAGAUGGCUAAAAGAUUUUUUGCUGCAUCUAUAGUUCAAGCUGCUUCUUAAUACAAGCGCACUGUCAUUGUGAAUAUUAUGACACUCGAUUGCCUUUGCGCAUGCUCUGAAAUAUAUAUGUACUUGAAUGACACUAUAACAUUUGUGAUAUGAUGAUCUUAACAGCAACACGUCAUGAAAAUUCAAAGCAAACAUCAACUAUUGAUGGUUGUAGAAUGAAAGUGAUCAGUUUAGUUCAUAUAAAUGAUCAACAAAUCAUUCACUACAAAAGUAACUUCAACAUCUAAGAAGUAAAUCAAAUAAUGGGAAUGAAAAGUAUGGAAAAAUUUCAACGUCUUUCUUUUUCAAGAUGUCAUAUUUCUGUAUCCACUGUGUUUUAUUUUUAUGUAAGGAACAAUUUUAGAUCAUUAAACUUUAUUUCAUAUUGUUGUGUACAUAUCUAAGUAUAGUGAAUAGAUAUCUUUCAUAACAUCCCAUAAACGGUCAUCUCACUUAAGCAGACAUUAGGUCGUGGUCUGUAGGAUGUCCGUUUACGAGUAGCUUGACUGUAUGCUGACGUUUCAUUACUGCACUUUUUCUUUACGUUUCUAGAGUUUCUUUUGAUUUUUAAAUUUUAAAUGCUAAAUAAAUGAAUCCCACAUAUCUCAACACCAUUUUUUAGAGUAAUAGUAAUUUGCCAACUGCCAUGUGAAGAUCACUGGUGCUUUAGAAAAGGAGGUGUCGUAUCUUGAAUUAAAAAAUACCAAUUUUUAAAAUAAGCAUUCAAUAGUUGUAUAAUAACUUUCACUCACAUUCAGCAACAUUAUUUGUUGGUAACCGUCAUCUUGUAAAGAAAGUUGAAAAAUAAUCACAUUUUAUCAAAAAAGAACAAUUACAGUUGCCAUUUUAAAGACUGGUUGGGAUUCAUUCAUUUAGCACUUGUAAAAAAUUAUUUAGAGAGAAACUUUCUUUUUGCGUGGUGUUUUUUUGAACUUUGUUUUGUAGCACGCAUCAACACAGUUUUAUGAUAUUAGUAUGUUAAUGUAGGAAAUAAUCGUUGUAUAAAUAUGCUUCCUACUAAAUUGUUACAAUAUAUGUGUGUUGAUCUAUA